AUGUCAUUACUAAAUUUUAAUCGAGAAUAUAAAAUUGCAAAUGUCGCUCUGAGAAUCAGCCGAUCUAGUCCCUAUGCUACAUAUGACGUUUGGUUUAAAAUCCACACGUUUAUUUAUAUUUUCGUGAGCUGUUUUUGUUUCAUAUUCCUUACUCAUUCAAUAAUUUUUCACGAUAUACCCGAACGAAAUUACAGUGAAGCCACUAAAAAUGUAUUAAUGGGUAUUAUCGCAACUGUUGUAGUAUUUAAGUUCGUAAUUCUUGUUCAUCAUCGCCAUUCUAUAAAGAGAUUAAUACAAAUAAUGGACGAAGAUUACGAAGACGCGCAGCAUUUUCUCGAAGAGGAUAAAACCGUUAUUAUUAAAUAUUCGCAAAAAGGCAAGAAUAUCUGUAUAAUUUGGUGUUUUAUAUCUGGAUACACGGCUUUCAUAUUUCCCUCUAAAGCUAUGUAUUCCAUGGCACGCUCUUAUUUUAACGGAGACUUUUCUUUAGUUCCCAUGUUUGAUAUGACUUAUCCCGAAUUUAUUAAUGUUCAUAAGUAUGAGCCUUUCGUCUAUUUUCUUUUAUUUCUCUUGACAUCGUUAUUUGCUUUGUUUGCGAGCUCAAUUUAUAUUGGUUUUGAUCCUCUGGCGCCUAUUUUCGUAUUACACGCGUGCGGACAGCUACAUUUGCUUAGUCGAAGGAUAUCGGAAAUUUUCGCUGAAGAUUUUCAUCCAAGUGACGUGCAGAAAAAUUUAAAGAACAUUAACACUAAAUUGGCUUCAAUAUACAGGUAA